CGACGUCGAGAUUAUGGUUAUGGUGAAUAUGGAGGAUAUGGAUAUGGAAGAUAUGGAGGAUAUGGAGAUGGAGGAUAUGGAGAGUAUGGAGGGGGCGGCCACGGAAAGGGAGGAUAUGGAGAAUAUGGAGGGGGCGGCCACGGAACUGGAAGAAAUGGAGAAUAUGGAGGCUGGGGCGGCCACGGAAUGGGAGGACGGGGAAGGGGACGUUGAAAAAUUAAAAUGUUUUUUGGAAUUAAUUGAAAAUAAAUAUUUUAUAUUGAAUUUCGAAUUAUUAUAA